AUGAGGGACACUCCUGUGCAGCACUGGAAUCUCGGAAUAGGACCUAUUACGUGCCACGCUUGGAACAAAGACCGAACACAGAUUGCCGUCUCCGCCUCGAGUAACGAGAUUCACAUCUUUGCCUGGCGAAAUGGCGAUUGGGUGAACACAUGCACACUGUCUGAGCAUGACCUUCCAGUCACUGGCCUUGACUGGGCCCCCAACACCAACCGGAUAGUGUCCUGCUCGAGAGAUAAGAAUGCUUUCGUUUGGACAUUCGACAAAGGUGUUUGGAAGCCGGAGCUGGUGCUGGUCCGAUUCCAACGUGCUGCGACCUGCGUGAAAUGGUCGCCCGAAGAAAACAAAUUUGCUGUCGGAAGCGGCUCAAAACUGGUUUCGGUCUGCUAUUAUGAAAGAGAAAAUGACUGGUGGGUUGCUAAACAAAUCAGGAAACCUAUCCGGUCUACAGUGAAUUGCAUUGACUGGCAUCCCAACAACGUCUUGCUCGCUGUAGGAGCUUGCGAUUUCCGUGCGAGGGUGUUUUCCGCUUGGGUGAAAGAGGUAGUUUGUUUUCUCACGGAUUCCUUUUUCUGUUGGUAG